AGGAGGGGACCGGAAGGAGCCGCUGCUGCUGCGGGAAGUGGAGGAGCGGGAGGCGGGGACCCACCUGGAAGCGCCGCGGCGCCGCUGUGGAGCUUCCUGCGGCGGAGGGCGCUGGAGCCAGUGCGGCGGCCGACGGCGGCCACGCGGGCGGCGCCUCCCCGACCGGCCCGCCGUGGCCCGUCGCACCCGCGAGAUAACAAGUUGUGCUAGUACAGCCGUAUAAGUAAUUCCUGAAGUCUCAGUGUAACAUGGACAUUAACAGUGAUGACAUAUAAAUACAGAUGCUUGGAAAUUAAGUACUAGGCGAAACACUUCAAAAGAGGUCGUUUAAGAGGUUCUAGUAUUCUCCGAGGCUGAAGCUGAGAGUCUGAAAGCCCGAAGCUUAAACUCAAUUGUAAAUCAUAGUUCCAUCUUCAGGAUAUAAGGAAAAGAAACCCUAUUUCCACAAUGGUAGAUCUUUGGUUAUACAGGUUUCCCAAUGAGUGGAUCAUGAUGACCGUAUGGUAGGGACUUGCCAUAGUAUGGCUGCUUCCCGAUCUACUCGUGUUACAAGAUCAACAGUGGGGUUAAACGGCUUGGAUGAAUCUUUUUGUGGUAGAACUUUAAGGAAUCGUAGCAUUGCUCACCCAGAAGAAAUCUCUUCUCAUUCUCAAGUACGCUCAAGAUCACCAAAGAAGAGACCAGAGCCUGUGCCAAUUCAGAAAGGAAAUAAUAACGGAAGAACUUGUGAUGUAAAACAGCAGAGUGCUCGAGAAUCAUGGGUAAGCCCUAGGAAAAGAAGACUUUCUUCUUCAGAAAAGGAUGACCUAGAAAGGCAGGCCCUAGAGAGUUGUGAGAGAAGGCAGACAGAGCCAGCACCGCCAGUCUUAAAGAACAUUAAACGCUGUCUUAGAGCUGAAGCCACAAACAGUUCAGAAGAAGAUUCGCCUGUAAAACCAGACAAGGAGCCAGUAGAACACAGGAGGACAGUAGUGGACCAUGAUGCAGACUUUGAAGGGGCUAAACGAGCUUGUCGAUGUCUUGUAUUGGAUGAUUGUGAGAAAAGGGAAGUUAAAAAGGUGAAUGUCAGUGAGGAAGGGACACUUAAUGCUACAGUAGUAGAAGAAAUCACAGGCUAUUUGACUGUCAAUGGUGUUGAUGACAGUGACUCAGCUGUUAUAAACUGUGAUGACUGUCAUCCUGACGGGAACACUAAACAAAGUAACCCUGGUUCCUGUGUGCUGCAGGAAGAAUCAGUAGCUGGAGAUGGGGAUUCGGAAACCCAGACUUCAGUGUUCUGUGAUAGUAGGAAGGAGGACAGUUGUAUAGACCAUUUCGUGCCUUGCACAAAGUCAGAUGUGCAGGUCAAGUUGGAGGACCACAAACUAGUAACUGCCUGCCUGCCUGUGGAACGUCGGAAUCAGCUGACUGCUGAGUCAGCUUCAGGCCCUGUUUCUGAAAUUCAGUCAUCCUUAAGAGAUUCUGAGGAAGAAGUAGAUGUGGUGGGAGAUAGCAGUGCCUCCAAAGAGCAGUGUAACGAGAACAGCAGUAACCCUCUGGACACGGGUUCUGAACGAAUGCCAGUCUCUGGAGAGCCAGAACUGUCCUCUAGGCUAGACUGUGUUUCAGCUCAGAUGACAUCUUUAUCAGAACCUCAAGAACAUCGAUACACCCUGAGAACUUCACCUCGAAGGGCAGCCCUGACCAGAGGUAGUCCCACUAAAAACACAUCUCCUUACAGAGAAAAUGGACAAUUUGAGGAGAAUAAUCUCAGUCCCAAUGAAACAAACACAACUGUUAGUGAUAAUGUAAGUGAGUCUCCCACAAAUCCUGUCGAAAUUUCUCAAGAUGAAAAGGUUCUAUGUUGUGACUCUGAAAACUAUGGAAGUGAAGGACUAAGUAAGCCACCCUCAGAGGCCAGAAUGAAUAUUGGACAUUUGCCAUCUGCCAAAGAGAGUGCCAGUCAGCACACUGCCGAAGAGGAAGAUGAUGACCCUGAUGUUUAUUACUUUGAAUCAGAUCAUGUGGCACUGAAACACAACAAAGAUUAUCAGAGACUGCUGCAGACCAUUGCUGUACUUGAGGCUCAGCGUUCUCAAGCAGUGCAAGACCUGGAAAGUUUAGGCAAACACCAGAGAGAAGCACUAAAAAAUCCUAUUGGAUUUGUGGAGAAACUUCAGAAGAAGGCUGAUAUAGGGCUUCCAUACCCCCAGAGAGUUGUUCAGUUGCCUGAGAUCAUGUGGGACCAGUACACCAAUAGCCUUGGGAACUUUGAAAGAGAGUUUAAACAUCGCAAAAGACAUACUAGGAGAGUUAAAUUAGUUUUUGAUAAAGUAGGAUUGCCUGCUAGACCAAAAAGCCCUUUAGAUGCUAAGAAGGAUGGAGAAUCCCUUUCAUACUCCAUGUUGCCUUUGAGUGAUGGUCCAGAAGGCUCCCAUCAUCGUCCUCAGAUGAUAAGAGGUCGUCUGUGUGAUGACAGCAAACCUGAAACCUUCAACCAGCUAUGGACUGUUGAAGAGCAGAAAAAACUCGAACAGCUACUUCUUAAAUACCCUCCUGAAGAAGUAGAAUCUCGGCGGUGGCAGAAGAUUGCUGAUGAACUGGGCAACCGUACAGCCAAACAGGUUGCCAGUCGUGUACAGAAGUAUUUCAUAAAGCUAACUAAAGCCGGCAUACCAGUUCCAGGCAGAACACCUAACUUAUAUAUAUACUCCAGAAAGUCCUCAACAAGCAGGCGACAGCACCCCCUUAAUAAGCACCUCUUUAAACCUUCCACUUUCAUGACGUCACAUGAGCCACCAGUGUACAUGGAUGAAGAUGAUGACCGGUCCUGUCUCCAUAGUCACAUGAACACUGCUGCGGAGGAGGCUUCAGAUGAAGAAAGCAUUCCUAUCAUAUAUAGGAGUUUACCUGAAUAUAAAGAACUAUUACAGUUUAAAAAGUUAAAAAAGCAGAAACUUCAACAGUUACAAGCAGAAAGUGGGUUUGUGCAACAUGUGGGCUUUAAGUGUGAUAACUGUGGUGUAGAGCCGAUCCAAGGUGUCCGGUGGCACUGCCAGGAUUGUCCUCCAGAAAUGUCUUUGGAUUUCUGUGACUCUUGUUCAGACUGCCCACAUGAAACAGAUAUUCACAAGGAAGACCACCAGUUAGAACCUGUUUAUAAGUCGGAGACGUUCUUAGACAGAGACUACUGUGUGUCCCAGGGCACCAGUUAUAGUUAUCUUGACCCCAACUACUUCCCAGCCAACAGAUGAUGUGGAAGAGAGUGUCGGCACUUGUCCUCGUAAACACACAGCAGUGGCAUCAUUGUCAAUGGUGUGCACGGUUUGGACACUCACAGCAUGAGAGCUCCCGAGUGUUCUCGUCAAGUCCAGCUCUGCACUGUGCCUGUGGAUCAGCAGCUGAACGUUCCUGGGGAGCCAAGAGGCGCCCUGGUGAGACACUCACCACCAACUGACAGCCUCGGAGGUGGGGAUGUGAAAUGGAUGCGGUGGAAAUGAGAGCACGUAUUAGUGUCAGAGUCAAUUCCAAAGGUUUUAAAGACCUCGGUCAUAAAUAUGAUAAUGAAAGACAAAGUAUUUAUAUUAAAUCAGUUUAGUAGCUUUCAGUUUUGUGAAGAUAGUUUUCAGCGCAGAAACAGACUUAUAGACAAAGUUUUAACCAGUGAUGGUGUUUGCUUCUAGGAUGUGUACUCUAAAAGAACCCACUGUCUGUGGUCACUGAUGCCUGGAGUAGACUGGAGCUGCUUAAUGAUUUGAUACCUAACUUUUAAUCACGAUGAACUGUCCUUACCAAGAGCAAAGCGAGACAUAGCUGUGGCUUUGCUUCUGUGACCUGCUCAUGGGUGUGAAUGUCAUGAAGUUGUCACGCAGAUAUAUUUUUAAUGUCAUGUUCUAUGAGAUGAUCAUGUGACGUGUACACACUAUGUUGAGAAGUGCGAGUGGUAGUAACUGUAAAGUCUGACUCACACCAUUAAUCCCUUUAAAGUACACAGCCUUCUGCCUCUGUGUAGAGUUGUCAGUACAGCUCGUCAAAGAAAACUGCCUAAUAUAAAAAUCAUAUAUAGUGAUAAUUUUCCCUCUUUUGUAGUCUGCACAAGAUCCAUAAAAGAUUGUAUUUUUAUUACUAUUUAACGAGUGAUUAAAUGUAGUCUGCACUGUGAGCAAGAGUUCACAAUUCUUUUAUACUGCUGGAUUCUGUUGUGCAUCAUUUAAAACAUUUUGUAUGUUUCUUAUCUGUGUAUACAGUAUGUUCUUGAAUAAUGUUCAUUUGUCAGGAGAACUGUGAGAAAUAAACUACGUGGAUAUGUUUGUUUAUCUUAUA